AUGUUUCAAUCGCUGACAUGUUCAAACGGCGAAUGGAUGUAUCCACAACCUGUCUGUAAACUAGGUAAUGUACGAGUAAAUGUAGCCUCUGGUUUGAUCUCUAUUCAAACAAUUUUUCAUCGUUUCCAUAACCACAUUAUAGACUUACUACAAAGCCUUCUGGAUAGCUCGCAAUAUGUAUGGGAUGAUGAAAAGCUCUUUCAAGUAACAAGAAAAAUUGUUGGCGCUGUUAUACAAAAUAUAGCUUAUAAAGAAUUUCUUCCAUUAUUGAUAGGACCAGCUGCUAUGAGUCAAUAUGGACUAACGAAAUAUGAAAGUAGUGACUAUGAUUCAAGUAUAUCACCCGGUAUCUUCAGUAGUUUUAGUGCAGCAGCGUUUAGAUAUGGUCACCCUGCUUUUCCUAAUAAAUGGACACAUGGUACAGAGAAAAUUCCUUUCUCUGAGCUCUUCGAGAGACCUUAUUAUGUUCAAGCUGAUCAAGGCUUAGAAAAAACUGUGAAAGGAAUGCUUGAAGAUUCUAGUCAAGGAGCAGAAUUGAAAUAUAGUCAAGCUUUGCAAGUUGAUUUAGUAAAUUCCACAUUAGUUGAUGGAAACGAUAUGGCAGCAAUUGAUAUACAGAGAGGACGAGAACUUGGUUUACCAUCGUAUAACACAUUCCGUGAAUAA